AUGGGAGCCGCAUGGCUGGCCAGGUUCUUGCUGGGGUGCACAGCUCUCAUGUGCUACGAGGAAGGCGCAAAGGGCCAGCUGGACAGCGAGCUCCAGGCCGACAGAUUUGCAAGCUAUGAAAACAAGCAGCCGCCCAGCCGAGUACGGCGGAGAGGACAGGAUACCCUGCGUGGGCCUAACGUCUGCGGAUCUCGGUUCCACUCCUACUGCUGUCCUGGUUGGAAAACUCUUCCUGGUGGGAAUCAGUGCAUCGUCCCAAUUUGCCGGAAUUCUUGCGGCGAAGGAUUCUGUUCGAGGCCAAACAUGUGUACCUGCUCCAAUGGGCAGCUGUCCCCGAACUGCGGCUCUGCAGGAGUUCAAUCUUGCAGCGUGAGAUGCAUGAAUGGCGGCAGUUGCAGCGAGGACUCAUGCAUGUGCCAGAAGGGAUACACGGGGACCUACUGCGGCCAGCCUGUCUGCGAGAGCAGUUGCCAGAAUGGAGGCCGGUGCAUUGGACCGAAUCGGUGCGCAUGCGUCUACGGUUUCACAGGCCCACAGUGUGAGAGAGAUUACCGCACGGGGCCCUGCUUCAGCCAGGUCAGCAACCAGAUGUGCCAGGGCCAGCUGAGCGGCAUUGUCUGCACCAAGACCAUGUGCUGUGCCACCAUCGGGCGGGCCUGGGGGCACCCUUGCGAGAUGUGCCCGGCCCAGCCUCACCCAUGCCGACGGGGCUUCAUUCCCAACAUCCGCACAGGAGCAUGUCAAGAUGUCGACGAGUGCCAGGCGAUCCCGGGCUUGUGCCAAGGAGGGAACUGCCUCAACACGGUGGGAUCCUACGAGUGCAAAUGCCCCGCAGGCCACAAGCAGAGCGAGACCAGCCACAAAUGUGAAGAUGUGGACGAGUGUACCAGUAUUUCCAGUGUAUGCGAUGGCGGCGAAUGUACCAACACGGCUGGCAGUUACGUCUGUGCCUGCCCACGAGGCUUCAUGACCAGCCCGGACGGAUCCCGCUGCGUGGACCAGCGGAUCGGCACGUGUUUCUCAGCACUGAUUGGUGGACGUUGCGCGGGGGAGUUGCCGGGCCAAUAUACCAAGAUGCAGUGCUGUUGCGACUCCGGGCGCUGCUGGGCUGUUGGGCAGACCCCGGAAAUGUGCCCCGUGAGAGGAUCAGAUGAAUACCGGCGGCUGUGCAUCGAGGGCCUCCCAGUGGUUCCAGGUUUUGCAGGCACCUUCCCAGGGGUCCCAGGUUAUGGGCCAAACGGACUUGGUCCAGGUAUCAGUGGCCCAGGUGGCUUCGGGCCCAAUGGAGCUAAUGGUCAAGGGGGCAUUCCCGGUCUCCCUGGCAUGGGACCUGGCAGUUCAAGCAUUGGAACGGCCACCCUGAACCAAACGAUUGACAUCUGCAAGCAUUUCACCAACCUCUGCUUGAACGGGCGCUGCAUCCCCACGCCGUCCAGCUACCGCUGCGAGUGCAACAUGGGCUACAAGCAAGAUGUGCGUGGCGAGUGCAUCGACAUGGACGAGUGUUCCAGCAGCCCCUGUCUGCACGGCGACUGUGUGAACACCCCCGGCUCGUACCACUGCAAAUGCCACGAAGGGUUUCAGAGCACCCCCACCAAACAGGCCUGUAUCGAUAUCGACGAAUGUAUCAUGAAUGGAGUGAUGUGCCGGAACGGGCGGUGCGUGAACACAGACGGCAGCUUCCAGUGCAUCUGCAAUGCAGGCUUUGAAAUCACACCUGAUGGAAAGAACUGUGCAGAUCACGACGAAUGUGCCACCACCAACAUGUGCUUGAACGGGAUGUGCAUAAACGAGGACGGGAGCUUCAAAUGCAUCUGCAAGCUGGGCUUUGUUCUGGCCCCCAACGGGCGCUACUGCGUUGAUAUCGACGAAUGUGAGACUCCGGGGAUCUGUAUGAACGGCUGGUGCAUCAACAUGGAGGGCUCGUUCCGUUGCGAGUGUCUAGGCGGCCUGGCCAUCGGCGUGGACGGGCGGGUCUGCGUGGACACUCACGUCCGCAGCACCUGCUACGGGGGCAUCAAGAAGGGCACUUGCGCCCGGCCCUUCCCCGGGGCAGUCACCAAGUCCGAGUGCUGCUGCGCCAACCCAGACCAUGGCUUUGGUGAGCCGUGCCAACCAUGCCCUGCCAAGAACUCUGCUGAAUUUCAGGCCCUCUGCAGCAGUGGGAUUGGCAUCACAGCGGACGGCAGAGAUAUCAACGAGUGUGCCUUGAACCCGGACAUCUGCCCCAACGGGAUGUGUGAGAAUCUGCGGGGGAGUUACCGCUGCAUCUGUAAUCUGGGCUACGAGUCUGACCCAACUGGCAAGAAUUGCGUGGAUGUAGACGAAUGUGCCGUCAACCGCCUGUUGUGUGACAACGGUUUGUGCCGCAACACACCUGGAAGCUACAGCUGUAGUUGCCCCAAGGGGUUUGUCUUCCGGACGGAGACAGAUACUUGUGAAGAUAUCAACGAGUGUACAUCCAACCCCUGCGUGAAUGGCGUCUGCAGGAAUAACGCCGGAUCAUUUGCUUGCGAGUGCUCCCCGGGAAGCAAGCUGGAUUCCAGUAGCACCAUCUGUGUUGACAGUAUGAAAGGAACCUGUUGGCUGAACAUCCAGGAAGGACGCUGCGAGGUGAACAUCAACGGGGCCACGCUGAAGUCGGAGUGUUGCGCCACCCUUGGCGCUGCAUGGGGCAGCCCGUGUGAACGCUGUGAGAUCGAUACCGCCUGCCCAAGAGGUUAUGCCCGGAUGAAGGGGGUCUCUUGUGAAGAUGUGAAUGAGUGUGACGUUUUCCCGGGCGUCUGCCCCAAUGGCCGGUGCGUGAACACGGCGGGGUCUUUCCGCUGCGAGUGUCCCGAGGGCUUGACGCUGGAUGGUUCCGGCAGGAUGUGCGUGGAUGUGCGGCUGGAGCAAUGCUACUUGAAAUGGGCUGAGGACGAGUGCACGGAGCCCCUCCCUGGCAAAUACCGCAUUGACCUAUGCUGCUGCUCCGUCGGCUCAGCCUGGGGCAGCGACUGUGAGGAAUGCCCCAAGCCCGGCUCUUCGGAGUACAAAGCCAUCUGCCCGCGAGGACCCGGCUUUGCCAACAGGGGGGAUGUCCUGUCUGGCCGGCCUUUUUACAAAGAUGUGAACGAAUGUAAGGUGUUCUCUGGACUGUGUACCCAUGGAGUCUGUCGCAAUACCAUCGGGAGCUUCCGAUGUCUCUGUGGAAGCGGCUUUGCGCUGGACGCCGAGGAAAGGAACUGCACUGAUAUCGACGAAUGCCGGAUCUCGCCAGACCUGUGUGGCCAUGGCUCCUGCGUCAACACGCCUGGCAGUUUUGAGUGUGAAUGUUUUGAAGGCUACGAGAGCGGAUUUAUGAUGAUGAAGAACUGCAUGGAUAUCGAUGAAUGCGAGAGAGACCCCUUGCUCUGCCGAGGAGGGGUCUGUGUCAACACCGAGGGCAGUUUUGAGUGUCUUUGUCCCCCAGGACAUGAGCUCACUUCCGAGGGUAAUGCCUGUGUUGAUAUCAACGAGUGUUCCCUCAGCAACAAUUUGUGCCGUAACGGCCGCUGCGUCAACAUCAUCGGGACCUACCAGUGUGCGUGCGAUUCUGGGUUCCAGGCCACACCGGACCGGCAAGGUUGCGUUGAUAUCGACGAGUGUACCAUCAUGAACGGUGGCUGUGAUACUCACUGCGCCAACUCGGAGGGUAGCUACGAGUGCAGUUGUAGUGACGGAUAUGCCCUGAUGCCCGAUAAACGAUCAUGUACAGAUAUCGACGAGUGCGAGGAUAACCCGGAUAUCUGCGAUGGAGGCCAGUGUACCAACAUCCCAGGGGAAUAUCGGUGCCUCUGCUUUGACGGAUUCAUGGCUUCCUUGGACAUGAAGACAUGUAUAGAUGUGAACGAGUGUGACCUGAACCCCAACAUCUGCUUGCACGGGGACUGUGAAAACACCAAAGGGUCAUUCAUCUGUCACUGCCAGCUUGGUUACUUCGUCAAGAAAGGCACGACGGGUUGUACAGAUGUUGAUGAGUGUGAGAUCGGUGCGCACAACUGUGACAUGCAUGCUUCCUGUAUCAACAUCCCCGGGAGCUUCAGGUGCAAGUGCCGGACCGGAUGGCUGGGCGAAGGCCUGAAGUGCAACGACCUGGAUGAGUGCGCCACAGAAGCACAUAGCUGCAACUUGAAUGCCAAUUGCCUGAACACCCCAGGAUCAUACCGCUGUGCCUGCCGGGAAGGUUUCAACGGAGACGGUUUCUCCUGCUCAGACGUGGACGAAUGUGCAGACAACAUCAACCUCUGCGAAAAUGGGCAGUGUCUCAACGCCCCUGGCGGCUACCGUUGCGAGUGCGAAAUGGGCUUCAACCCCACAGAGGACAGCAAAGCCUGCCAAGAUAUCGACGAGUGCACCUUCCAGAACAUCUGCGUGUUCGGCACCUGCCAGAACCUGCCGGGCAUGUUCCGUUGCGCCUGCGAUGACGGAUACGAGCUGGACAGGAGCGGAGGCAACUGUACAGACAUCAACGAGUGUGCGGAUCCAGUGAACUGCAUCAAUGGACUUUGUGUCAACACUCCAGGGAGUUAUUUGUGCAACUGCCCCCAAGACUUCGAGCUGAACCCCACUGGAGUGGGGUGUGUAGACACCCGCGUUGGGAAUUGUUUCCUGGAUACUCAGGACCGGGGCGAUGGCGGAAUCUCAUGCAGCGUGGAAAUCGGAGUGGGGGUCACCCGGGCAUCUUGCUGCUGCUCGCUGGGCCGGGCAUGGGGUAACCCUUGCGAGCUUUGCCCCCCUGCCAACACCACGGAAUACAAGACCCUGUGUCCAGGCGGCGAAGGGUUCCGGCCCAACCCCAUCACAGUCAUUUUGGAAGACAUCGACGAGUGCCAGGAGCUGCCGGGCCUCUGCCAGGGUGGGAAUUGUGUCAAUACCUUUGGAAGUUUUCAGUGUGAAUGUCCCCUAGGCUACUACCUUAAUGAGGACACCCGCAUUUGUGAAGAUAUUGACGAGUGCUCAGCGCACAUCGGAAUCUGCGGCCCUGGGACCUGCUACAACACCUUGGGGAACUACACCUGUGUCUGCCCUCCGGAAUACAUGCAAGUGAACGGAGGGAACAACUGUAUGGACAUGAGGAAGAGUCUCUGCUACCGCAACUUCAACGACACCUGCGAGAAUGAGCUCUCGUUCAACAUGACCAAGAAGAUGUGCUGUUGCUCCUACAAUAUUGGGAAGGCGUGGAACAAACCUUGCGAGCCCUGCCCCACCCCCGCCAGCCCUGAGUACCAGAUCCUGUGUGGCAACCAAGCGCCUGGAUUCAUCAUCGAUAUCCAUACUGGAAAACCAAUUGAUAUUGACGAAUGCAGUGAGAUCCCGGCAAUCUGCACCAACGGGGUUUGCAUCAACCAGAUCGGCAGCUUCCGUUGCGAGUGCCCCAUCGGAUUCAGUUACAACAACAUUCUGCUUAUCUGCGAAGACAUUGAUGAGUGCAGCAGUGGAGAAAACCUCUGUCAACGCAACGCCGAUUGCCUGAACAUCCCAGGCAGUUACAGGUGCGAAUGCUCCUCUGGAUACAAGCUGUCGCCUAGCGGAGCAUGUGUAGGCCGUAAUGAAUGCCAAGAGAUCCCCAACGUCUGCAGUCAUGGGGACUGUGUUGACACAGAAGGAAGCUACCUCUGCAUCUGCUACAAUGGGUUUAAGGCCACCGGAGACCUGACCAUGUGCAUGGACAUCGAUGAGUGUGACCGGCAGCCCUGCGGGAAUGGCACGUGCAAGAAUACAGUGGGGUCCUACAACUGCCUCUGCUUCCCUGGCUUCGAGCUCACCCACAACAACGAUUGCAUGGAUAUUGAUGAAUGCUCUUCUCUGGCCGGGCAGGUGUGCCGCAACGGGCAGUGUAUCAACAAUAUUGGCUCCUUCCGGUGCCUCUGCCAGGAGGGCUACGACCACACGGCGGACGGCAAGAAUUGUGUUGACAUCAAUGAAUGUGUCAGCCUCCCAGGGACAUGUUCUCCAGGGACCUGCCAGAAUUUGGAAGGCUCCUUCCGUUGCAUCUGCCCCCCAGGCUACGAGGUGCAGAACGACAAUUGCAUUGAUAUCAACGAGUGUGCCGAGGAGCCCAACAUCUGCCUCUUCGGAACCUGCACCAACACGCCAGGAACGUUCCAGUGCAUCUGCCCGCCGGGGUUUGUGCUGUCUGACAACGGUCGCCGCUGCUUUGACACGCGCCAAAGCUUCUGCUUCACUCGCUUCGACGCUGGGAAGUGCUCCGUCCCGAAGGCCUUCAACACUACCAAAGCCCGAUGCUGUUGCAGCAAAAUGCCCGGAGAAGGCUGGGGUGACCCCUGCGAACUGUGCCCACAGGAGGGCAAUGUUGCUUUCCAGGAGCUGUGCCCGUAUGGCCACGGAGCUAUUCCCGGACCAGGGGAUACUCGAGAAGAUGUGAACGAGUGUUCUGAGAAUCCUGGCAUUUGUGUCAACGGGGCGUGCAUCAAUACAGACGGGUCGUUCCGAUGCGAGUGUCCAUUUGGAUACAACCUUGAUUACACUGGAGUGAAUUGCGUUGACACAGACGAGUGCUCAAUUGGGAACCCAUGCGGGAAUGGAACAUGCACCAAUGUGGUGGGGGGCUUUGAGUGUGCGUGCGACGAGGGAUUUGAGCCGGGGCCCAUGAUGACGUGUGAAGAUAUCAACGAGUGUGCCCUGAACCCGUUGCUCUGUGCUUUCCGGUGCAUCAACACCCUCGGCUUCUAUGAUUGCACCUGCCCAUCGGGAUACACCCUGCGAGACGACCGGAGAAUGUGCAAAGAUUUGGAUGAAUGCAUCGAGGGGAUGCAUGACUGCGAAUCACAUGGGAUGAUGUGCAAGAAUCUAAUUGGCACUUUUGCUUGUAUCUGCCCACCUGGGAUGCAACGCAGGCCUGAUGGUGAAGGAUGCACAGAUGAGAACGAAUGCCGUACCAAGCCGGGAAUCUGCCCCAAUGGGCGCUGUGUGAACACUGUGGGCAGCUAUCGCUGCGAUUGCAACGAAGGCUUCCAAACCAGCCCUUCUGGCACCGAGUGCCUUGAUACUCGCCAAGGAUUCUGCUUCACCGAAGUACUCCAAACCAUGUGCCAGAUGUCCUCCACAAACCGCCACCAGGUCACCAAAUCAGAAUGCUGUUGUAAUGGAGGCCGUGGAUGGGGCCCCCAGUGCGAACUCUGCCCCUUUCCAGGCACUGCCCUCUACAAGAAAAUGUGCCCCCAUGGACCAGGCUACACAACUGAUGGGAGAGAUAUUGAUGAAUGCAAGGUGCUUCCCAACCUCUGCAAGAAUGGCCAGUGCAUCAACAGCAUGGGUUCUUUCCGCUGCCACUGCAGAGUGGGCUAUGCCACAGACCUCACCGGCACAGCUUGCCAGGACCUUGAUGAGUGCAAUCAGUCCCCCAAGCCGUGCAAUUUCAUCUGCAAGAACACCGAAGGUAGUUUCCAGUGCUCCUGUCCCAGGGGGUACAUCCUGCAGGAGGAUGGCAAGACUUGCAAAGACCUGGACGAGUGCUCCACCAAGCAACACAACUGCCAGUUCUUGUGUGUUAAUGUCAUUGGGGGCUUCAACUGCAAGUGCCCCCCUGGAUUCACCCAGCAUCAUUCAUCCUGUAUCGAUAACAACGAAUGCACAACCCAGCCCACCCUUUGUGGGGCUAAAGGACAAUGCCUGAACACCCCUGGGAGCUACAACUGUGAAUGCCAGAAAGGCUUUACUCUCGACACUUCCAGCAGCAGUUGUGAAGAUGUGGACGAGUGUGACGGGAACCACCGGUGCCAACACGGAUGCCAGAAUGUGUUGGGGGGCUACCGCUGUGGCUGCCCCCAGGGGUACGUCCAGCACUACCAGUGGAACCAGUGUGUGGAUGAGAACGAGUGCUCCAGCUCGACAGCGUGCGGCUCAGCCUCCUGCUACAACACUCUGGGGAGCUUCAAAUGCAUCUGCCCGUCUGGUUUCGACUUCGACCAGGCCUUCGGGGGCUGCCAAGACGUGAACGAGUGUGCGGCGGGGGGCAGCCCCUGCAGCUACGGCUGCUCCAACACAGAGGGAGGUUACCUGUGCGGCUGCCCCAGUGGGUACUUUCGGGCAGGGCAAGGGCACUGCGUCUCUGGGCUAGGAUUUGGCAAAGAAGCCUACCUGCCUGCCCCUCUGGAGGAGGAUGAGGAGAACCUCUUGUCGCCCGAAGCUUGUUAUGAAUGCAAAGUCAACGGGUAUCCCAAGAGAGGCCGCCACCGGCGUAGCAUCAACGGCACUGACGGGCAACAGGAGCUUGAAGUCAGCUUGGCCAGCAUAGACGUGGAGACGCCCUUGGCCAUAGCGCUAAACUUGUCCGAUCUCAGGAGAAAGGAGCACAUCCUGGAAAUCCUCCCCGCCGUGGCUCCCCUGGAGAACCGCGUCCGCUACAUCAUCUCCCGAGGGAACGAGGACGGCUUCUUCCACAUCCAUCAGAAGGAAGGGCUCAGCUACCUGCACCUCACUCACAAGCAGGCCUCUCCCGGCACCUACCUCUUGGAGAUCGUCAGCAUGCCGCUGUACCGUAAACGGGAACUGCAGAAACUUGAGGCCCUAAAAGAUCUCGACUACCUCGCCGGAGAACUGGGCCAGGUGCUCAAGAUGAGGUUGCACCUCCACCUCUUCUAACU